CCCAUUUGUUUUUCCGCAGUGCUUUUCUCUCUCUGUCUCUCUCUCUUCUUUCUCUCUCCUAAAAAGCUGUAAAAGACCAGAAAAAGUGACAGCUUGAUUGGUUGGGAAUAUGGUUCAUGGGUAUGUGCGAUAUCAGGCAUGGAAAAAAGGGGUGAAUUUGGGAAGAACCCAUUAUGAAGAAGAUGAAGAUGAUGAAGUAGAGGGUAUGGGGUGUGAGGAGUUUUAUUACUCUGUUUCUGUGUCUGCUUACAAGAGAACAAGGAUCAAGUUUUUGGUUCUUGUUUUCCUGUCGUUUCUUUGUUGUUCCUUCAUUUUUGCUCCCCUGUUCUUCUUCUCUCGUUUCUAUUGUUUUGGGGUUGAAAAUGGUGAGCUCUUUGCUGAUAAGGAGGUUUUGGCUCCUCUGUGUUCUUCUGUUUCUAAUGGAACCAUAUGUUGUGACAGAAACAGCAUCCGUUCUGAUAUCUGUACUAUGAAAGGAGAUAUUAGAACACAUUCCUCUUCCUCAUCAAUCUUCCUCUACACCUCACCCGAUUCCCCGAUCAACAAUGACAAAGACGACGUGAUCCAAGUCGAAAAAAUCAAGCCAUACACAAGAAAAUGGGAGAAAAACACGAUGGAUACGAUCGAUGAAUUGGAGCUCAUCGUCAAACGGAGCAAUGCUAGCGAUUAUCACCACCGGUGUGACGUCCGACACGACGUCCCGGCUGUGUUUUUCUCGACCGGAGGCUACACGGGCAAUGUUUAUCACGAGUUCAACGACGGGAUUUUGCCGCUUUAUAUAACGUCGAAUCACAUGAAGAAGGAGGUUGUUUUUGUGAUCCUUGAGUAUCAUAAUUGGUGGUUCACAAAAUAUGGUGAUAUUCUUUCUCAGCUCUCAAAUUAUCCUCCAAUUGACUUUAGAAAUGACAAUAGAACUCAUUGCUUCCCACAAGCCAUCGCUGGUUUGAGAAUCCAUGAUGAGCUUACUGUGGAGUCUUCAUUGAUGGAAGGUAGCACGAGCAUUGUCGAUUUUCGUAACGUCUUGGACAUGGCAUACCGACCUCGAAUCCAAGAGUUGAUUCGACACGAGGAGGAGGAAGUGAAAGAGGAGGUGAAGAUUUCUACGCCACUCAAACCGAAAAAACCAAAGUUGGUGGUUUUGUCGCGAAAGGGAUCAUCGAGAGAGAUAACGAACGAGAAUUUAAUGGUGAAAAUAGCUGAGAACGUCGGGUUUGAAGUGAAAGUCUUGAGACCAGAUAGAUCAACCGAGCUCGCUAAGAUUUAUAGAGAGCUCAAUCAAAGUGAUGUAAUGGUAGGAGUUCAUGGAGCUGCCAUGACACACUUUCUGUUCAUGAGACCUAAUGCUGUUUUCAUUCAAAUCGUUCCAUUGGGGACGGUUUGGGCAGCUGAAACCUACUACGGCGAGCCCGCGAAGAAGCUCGGUUUGAAGUAUAUUGGGUACGAAAUUCAACCGAAGGAGAGUUCCUUAUAUAGCAAAUACAAUGAAGAAGAUCCUGUACUUGUUGAUCCAGAUAGCAUUACACAAAAAGGAUGGGAAUACACAAAGAAGAUCUAUCUCGAUGGCCAAAAUGUGAGAUUGAAUCUUGCACGGUUUCAGAAGCGACUGGAUCGUGCUUAUUACUAUUGCAUCGCACGAACCCGACACCGUACUCAUGGAGUUGUUCGACAUUGAGUUCAAAUAUUUGUUAUGUAGAUAAACAUUUGAUUAUUCUUGUGGGUUUAUUUUGCACAUACAAAUCACCCAUUAGGGUUUAGCGAAUCAUUUACAAAGUAGAUCGAGAUACUGUAAUUCUUUACUUGAUUUGUAAUAAUUUAAUCCAUUCACG